AACGUGGGGGGGGGUGGUUGAGAGAAGAAAAAUGGCGGUUUCAUCAGAAGUAUAGAUCGAAGAGUUUUCGAACUGGACAGUGGCGCUGGCGAUCGGCGGUGUUCACUCUUUAUAUCUGCCCGUAUUUUUUUUACAGUUGUGCUUGGUAUCAUUUUUCUUUUUCCAGAGUUAGUUUACCCAGUGCCUCCUGCCUUCCCGCAGGCUCUCCUCGGUGCCGCCCCCACCCCUCCAGGCCGCUGUCUUAUUCCUAUGUUACCGCAGCCUCCGAGCCCCGCGUUUGACUCCUCUACAUGUCGUUGUGUGGCUGUCGCAGCGCAACAGCAGCUGAAAGUGCUCUCGUUAACCUCCGAGUCUGUGCGAGGUCCGCGGCAGCUGUACUGCCGCCGUCCCCUUUACUGUUUCCCUCGUCGUCAUGACAGGAGAGAAGGCGGAAAGGAUUUCCAACGGCCGCUCGGUGCGUAGGGAUCAUCGGCUGUUCAAAGAGGAGGCUGAGGCUGAACAGGACGACGAAGCGGCUAGGACUAAAAACCGGGCUAAACUCUUUGCGAACCACAAACUGAUCAAGAGCCCGGUUUUCACCACGGAGGCGUCCGCGACCAGAGGCGAGGAUUUCCCAGUCCACGAGUGCGUCUUUAAAGGCGAUAUCCGUAGAUUGUCGUCAUCGAUAAGGACCCACAACAUAGCUCAAAAAGAUCUCCACGGAAACACACCGUUACACCUCGCUGUGAUGCUGGGACACAAAGAGUGUGCCCAUUUACUUCUAGCUCACAAUGCUUUAGUAAAGGUGAAAAAUGCUCAGGGAUGGAGCCCGCUGGCAGAAGCCAUCAGCUAUGGAGACCGACAAAUGAUCACAGCUUUGUUGCGAAAACUUAAGCAGCAAUCGAGAGAAAAUGUAGAAGAAAAGCGACCUCGAUUAUUAAAAGCUCUGAAGGAGCUAGGGGAUUUUUAUUUAGAGCUUCACUGGGAUUUCCAAAGCUGGGUGCCUUUACUUUCCAGAAUCCUGCCUUCAGAUGCUUGUAAAAUUUACAAACAAGGUAUAAAUAUCAGGCUUGACACAACUCUAAUAGACUUUACAGAUAUGAAGUGUCAACGUGGAGAUUUGAGCUUCAUUUUCAAUGGUGACGCAAUACCCUCUGAAUCUUUCAUAGUAUUAGACAACGAGCAGAAAGUUUACCAGCGAAUACAUCAUGAAGAAUCAGAGAUGGAAACUGAAGAGGAGGUAGAUAUUUUGAUGAGCAGUGACAUUUACUCAGCAACAUUAUCUACAAAAUCCAUUACCUUCACACGUGCACAGACAGGCUGGCUUUUCCGGGAGGACAAAACGGAACGAGUUGGGAACUUCUUGGCAGAUUUUUACUCUGUAAAUGGCCUUGUUCUGGAAUCAAGAAAGCGUCGUGAGCACCUCAGUGAAGAGGAUAUACUAAGAAAUAAGGCUAUAAUGGAAAGUCUGAGCAAAGGAGGAAAUUUGAUGGAACAAAAUUUUGAGCCGGUUCGUAGACAGUCACUCAGCCCCCCCCUUGCUAACACAAUCACUUGGGAGGAAUACAUCUCCGCAGAGUCUGGAAAGGCUCCUCAUCUAGGAAGAGAACUGGUCUGCAAAGAGAGCAAAAAAACAUUCAAAGCCACAAUAGCCAUGAGCCAGGAGUUUCCUCUGGGCAUUGACUCGUUACUGAAUGUUUUAGAGGUCAUAGCACCCUUCAAGCACUUUAAUAAACUCAGAGAAUUUGUUCAGAUGAAGCUUCCACCAGGAUUUCCUGUUAAAUUAGAUAUACCUGUGUUUCCAACCAUCACUGCCACUGUGACAUUUCAGGAAUUCCGAUAUGACGGGUUUAACGACUCUAUCUUCAAUAUUCCAAAUGACUAUAGCGAAGACCCGAGCAGGUUCCCUGAACUUUGAUUUGGCUGCCUGGUUAUUAUGGGACUAAGAAGAGAAUGUUAGGUGCUGUGUGUUCUUUUUUUCUCCAUCUAAGAGUUUGACUUGGUUCUUCCUUUGAUGAUAUGAAGAUAUCAUUUGGAGAAACUCUGGAACAUUCCUAAAUGGAAGAAUGGAAAGUCUUACAGAAAUAGACUAUACAGCUUUUUUCUUUGAUUUGGAAAAAUCCCUUUAUUAAAUUCCUGACCAUCAAUUCAAGAUGUUCUAUUUGCAAAAUAAUCCAUUUAAGUAAGAACUUCAACUUUUUCAUGAAAAUGUACAUACAUAUAUCAAUGAUUAAAUAAUUUGGUUGCUAGAAAAUUAGAAGGAAGGCAUUUUGCUGUAAUUCACCUUCAAGUAAUUGGCUAAAUGAAAAGAAAAUAUUAGUGUGCAAUCCAAUUCAUUACUAAAAAGCCAAAUUGCCUGUUAUUUUUUUCUAGAAUUGGUAUGCUGUUACUAUUUUGAUAUUUAUUUGUACCUCCUAUUUUUGGGUACUCAUUCACAGUGUCUUAAUAUUUUUAAAACACUAUUUUAUUAGUGCUACAUUUAGUUUUACAAGUGUUGGGAAAAGGAGAAGCUAGGUUCUGAAAGAGUAACCUACAAAGUGCAGGAUGCAACAUUUAAUUUUGCUGAUUGUACGAUGGUUAUUCAGAAAGGUAAAGGUUAAUGUUCUGCAAUUUCAAGUUAAGUUAAAUCUUAUGUUUUAAUUAGCAUUACAUGAUUCUAAAAGGGAAAUGUAGUUUUUUUGAACGUAAUUGAAAAAUUACUGUAUAAACAUGAUUGUGCAUACACAAUUAUCAGCAAGGUUUCAAAGUGGUGAUACUCAUAUGGGAUAUUAGAAAUAUUCCAUUGCUUCAACUGGAAUUGCAUGGAACUUCCAGUAAGACCUUGAGGUCUGUUUGGCUGUAGUGUAGUACUGCAUUGUUUAGCCAUGCCUGAUGAUGAUUUACCCUCCUAUGUGGUGAGAAGACAAGUGACCAAAAGUGGCCAGUCAGUUCCCGUUGAAUACGAUGAUGAUUCCUAACCUUCUCCAUGUGGGAAAGACCUGUUCUUUUGUCAAAUAAACAGCUCAGCUGCAGCUGAUGCAAACAAUGUCACACUCAAAAUUCACAAUCUACACAGUUUUAAAGUAUUUUUUUGUACAAAAAAGUUUUAAGAAAACUAAUAUAAUAUUCCCAAAAGUUUUUGGAAUAUGUUCAUAAAGCACUAGCUUUUUGGUGAACAAAAUUGUUCCAAUUUAAAGAAUGCACUGUAUAUAACCACAAAUAAGUUUUCUUUUUCUUUUGAAAAAAACCCUACUCCUUUUUAACUUUAAUGCUUGUAUAACCAUGUUUAAAGUCAAAGUAGGACUAUCCAAGUGAGAACUGUCUGAAGGCUACCUCACUCCUGGAACAGAGUAAUGUAACUCUCAUAUAGCCCGAGUUACAUGACAUUUCUUGUAAUUGAUUAACUCGUCCUGCUCAUGACUGCUGACCUUAAGGUUUGCAAAUUCUUUCAAAUCUUAGACCCUACCAGUUAAGUGCGAAGAGUUUUAAUCUCUAAAGAUUAUAUAAAAUUAACAUUUCAGAUUAUUGGAAUCUUUCCUCUGAACUAAUGAAAAUGGAAGCAUGAAGCGAUGAAUAGGGAUGUCAUGAUAUGGAAGUGUUAAAUUGGAUAAUUAGAGUUUUAAAAAGAAAAUGUAUCUUGUAAAUGUAUCAAUAUCUUGUGGUAUUGGUAUGAUGAAAAAUUAGCGUUAAAUUGUUUACCAAAUGUGCUUUGUAUAAAUAAAUAUAGUUCAAAACCCAGCGCAUUUGUGCUUGCUUUCUUUACAUUGUUUUUAGGAAUUUUAUAAAGACUGAGAAAUUAGCAUAAAAUUAGUAACCAUUGUUACUAUUAAAGACUUCAAAUUAUUCAGUUGUUUCAUUUUGAUUGUGAUUUUCACUUAAGUCAAAUUGUAUUUUCCUAUUUGUAUCUACCAUUAAAAAAUAAUAUAAUUA